AUGAGUGGGAAAAAAUCUAAAAAGGCCUGUGAAAUCUGUAAAAGGCGGAAGAAAAGAUGUUCAGGAGGUCUUCCGUGUGAAUACUGUGUAAAAAUUGAUAAGCCAAGAGAAUGUGUUUACCAUACUAGAACUUCAUCCAAGACUGUUAAAGUGACCGAAAGGUACGUACUCAAUCUGAAAGCAAAGAUUAAGAAUUUAGAGUCUCGAUUGGCAACGGUUAGUGAUGAUUCAUCCAAUGCAAAUCCUUCGAUCAGUAGUGAGGAAGAAGAUAAUGGUCAAACAAUGGGUGGAAACAUUGAUUCCAGUGGGAAUUAUCGUUUGGGGAACUCUGCCUGUAACAAGUUUCUCUUUCAACUCAAGGAUUCACUAGUCAAUUCAUGCCAAUUACCUGAUGAUAUAUAUGAACCUGACAUCGAAACCAUUUCUUUGGAGAGCUCGCCUAAUGUUGCUUUGAUCCAAUUGAUAUUUCAAGAAAAUUGUCCAUCUCGUUCUGAGGCUAAAAGAUGGAUUUCGGCUGCCUAUAACGUCAUUGGUGCAGAUUACAUGUACAUUGAACCUGACUACGAAACUAAAAUUUUGGAUUCCUUGAUUUGGGAUGAGAAUUCACGCAAUGCUAAUUUUGUCAGAUAUGCUACGGAGAUCACUAGGUUUUUCACAUAUUUAGCAUUGGGUUGUCUUUUCAAUGAGGAAAGGUCUCCUGAAAACACAAGAUCUAAAUUUCCUGGCCUACAAUAUUUCGAAACUGCCCUAAAAUUACAAAGUGAAUUGUUGAAAGUUUAUGACAUGGUUGCAAAUACAUCAUUGGUACAAUCUUUUCUCUAUGCUGCCUACUAUGCGCUUUCACUUGAUAAAUCGGAUUUUGCCUAUUUGACCAUCGGUAGUGCCAUUAGGAUGACUUUCACUUUAGGUUUACACAAGAAGACACUAACAUUUACAGAAAAUAGAGUGUUCUGGUUAUGCUUUGUGUAUGACAGGUUGGUCUCUGUGAGGUUUGGACUGCCACUAAUGAUAAACGAGAUGGAUAUUGAUGUGCCUUUACUGACAGAAUCGGAGAGACCCAAUCAACAAGGUUUAUUCGAAGCUCACCACUUCAAUUCCCAAGUAAGACUAGCCAAGAUCACUACACAGAUUGUGAGGAAAAUAUACACCCGGAAUUCGUUUUCCUUUGUUCAAAAUUGCUAUAUGGUAUUGAAAGAAUUGAAGCACUGGUUGGACACUCUCCCAAAUUCUUUAAAAGUUGACUACGGCAAUUUUAGUGCGAAACAAUCGAGAUCCACAAUCAAUUUGCAUAUCAAUUACAACUAUACCAUCAUCAUUACCACUCGACCAAUCUUUCUAUAUGUCUUCAACAAAUUAAUUGAGAGUGGCAGAAAAGCGGAAGAAAUUUUCCCAGAGAAGCUUCUAAAUACCAUAACAAUUCUUUUAGAAUCUAGCGUUCAAGCAGCUCAAAUCCAAAGUUUGAUUCUAACUAGGCUUUACUAUGAUGGUCGAAUGGUUAGCGCCUCUUUUUUGGAUUGUCAUUAUAUUUUCAACGCAACUAUCAUUUUGAUAUUUGCCGCCUUUUGCAGAUCGAUGCCCAAUCAUACGAUUUCCUUUGGUUGUGAUAUUAAUACGCUUUUUGAAAGGGUACAGAUAAAUCUAACGGUUUUGCAGCAAAUAUCGCAGUUCAAUAUUGCUGCUUGUAAUUUUAACAAGCAAUUGACUGAAAUAAUAGAGUUAAUUAGUUCACCUGAUCUUCAGGUUACGUUAAAGGGUUCAUUUGCCAAACAAUCAGGUUAUACGGAGUCAGAACAACAAUCACUAGAGAUGCCAGCGACUUCUAAUUUUGACAUGGACGUUAUAAGGAAUUUGGAUUUGUCGAGAAUUUUGGAUGAUAUUGGGGAUACUGGUAAAACAGACCAAGUCUUGCCAUUUGAUAACGAGGAUUUUAUGAAAUAUGGUUUCUUUUGA